AUGAGCUCUCACUCUACAGUCCACACCAACUUCAAUCGCACAGCUGCAGACAUAAUGACCCUCACAGACCACUCUCACCCUCCCCCGCCCUCUACAAUCCGCUAUAUUAUCUCCUUCCUCCUCGUCGGCCUCUGUUGGGGUUUCACAACACCAUUCAUGCGGCGCUCCGCUAAAGACUAUACUCCGCCAUCUCGACCUUGGCUCGCAUCCCAGCCUUCAGUCAAACGCACUGUAUACACAGCGUGCUUCGCAGUCAACGAUCUACUCCGUAGGCCGGGCUAUGCUAUUCCGCUGUUACUGAACGUAACCGGAAGUGUGUGGUUCUUUCUUUUGAUCGGAGAGGCGGAGUUGAGCUUGACGGUGCCGAUUGUGAAUAGUGCGGCGUUCCUGUGGACGGUUGUGGGUGAGUGGUGGGUUGAAGGGAGGAAGAUCGGUGCAGACACAUUGGUGGGCAUGGGUCUUGUUGGUGGUGGGAUUGCGCUUUGCGUAUUGUCUAAGAGCUGA